UCCUGUAAUGAACGCUGGCCCACGUCCCUGGAUGGACCACGAGGCACAUCCCCACGGGUGUGGCUGGAAGGAUGACAAUCUCACAGCCACAUGCUCUUGGCCAUUGCAAUGCUCCACAAAAAGAAUUUGGGUGAAUUGCAUUUUCAGUUGAGAGGCAACAGCUCUUCCUUCCCUCUCCCCCAUAGGAAACAAGUGAUUGCUUUUCUUCCCUCAUUUGUGGACGCCCUGCCCAUUCCACAGCUUGCACCAGACAGCCCAGCCUGGGGUUCUGAUGGAUGCAGAGAACGAACGGGUACAGCUCCAAGACCAGUGCUCCUGGGCCGCUCUGCCUGAUGUGUGUCUGCGCCGUGUCUUCUGGUGGCUGGGUGACAGGGACAGGUCCAGGGCGGCCCUUGUUUGCAGAAAGUGGAACCAGAUCAUGUAUUCGGCUGACCUCUGGCGCUCCAGGACCAUCACCUUCAGCGGGAGGCCCUCCCGGGUGCACGCCUCUGAGUUUGAAUCUGCCCUUUGGUAUGUGAAGAAAUUCGGUCGCUACCUAGAACACCUAGAGAUCAAAUUCUUGAACCCUUACAAUGCCGUCUUAACUAAGAAGUUCCAGGUCACCAUGAGGGGCCUCCUGUCGUGUCUGGGCAAGAACAACAGCCGGCUGAAGUCGCUGUCCAUUCAGCACCUAGAGCUGGACCGCCUGGUCUGGAGGACCAGCAUCCGGGCCUCCUUCAUCAAGAGCCUGAGCUUCUUCUUAAAGAAGAUGGGAAGGCAUCUGGAUUACUUGAACCUGAAAGGUGCCAGGCUGACAGUAGAGCAAGGUUGCCACAUACUCAACUCCCUGAGCUACCUAAGGAACAAGAAUGCAGCCUCCGAGCUCAACAUCGAAGACUUCUUCAGCCACCACCUGGCAGUCUACAGCAGCCCCCAGUUCCACAAGACCAUGGCCAUGUUCCACAACCUGGAGUCCCUGACGCUCAACUACAACUGCAUCUCCGAUGAGCUGCUCGAGUCACUGUGUGAUAACAACGCCGGCACCCUGUGGACCCUCAACAUCAAGUGUCACAUUCAUGAUCCCCACGGGCAGGUCAUCUGGGGCAUGUCCUGGGGCAGACUGGCUGGCCAGGCCCCCAAUCUGAAGGUGAACUUCUUCUUUGAGCGGGUCAUGAAGUAUGAGCGCUUGGCCCGGAUCCUCUUGCAGGAGAUCCCCGUGAGGAGCAUCAGCCUGAGAAGCUGUUACUUCAGCGACCCCGACUGGUCCAUGCGGCCCACUCUGACGGAGCUGCUGCCCACCUUCCGGAACACCCUACAGAAACUAACCUUCGAGUUCAACAACAACCACGAGUCCCUGGACGAGGAGCUGCACCUCCUCAUCCUAUCCUGCCGGAAGCUGUUUUACUUCAAAAUCUGGGCUUUCCUUGAUGUCAGGUUUGUGGAGCGGAUUCUGAAGAGCCAGGAGGAAGGGCAAUGUGCCCUACGCACACUCAAGGUGAGAAUUUAUACGAACAGAUACGAGACGAACGAAGAGGACAGGACUCUGCGGGAAAUUUACAGGAAGUACAGAAAGCUGAUUGACUCAGAGCUGAACUAUUUUGUCAUCGCUUACCCCAUGAUGUAAUGAGCAUUCUCCAGAGGAACAAAACUUUGGCCUUGAAAAAUCAUUUCUCAUCCCACUGUACCCAAGGAACCCUGUCCCGUCCCAGCCCCCUUUGCCAACAUGAGCUGCCCACCAAGGCUGGUGCUGCUGAUGCUGUUGAGACCCCAGGAGGUCUGAAGGUGCUGUGUUUACCUUUCUCUGGUUGUCACGUGGUUGUGCCGCAAUGCAGAGAACACCAGGCCACUCACGGUGGUUCCUCAUGCAGGGACCCUGCCCCCUGCUUACUCGUU